GUAAUAUAGAAUACUCGUAAAUACAAGCUCAUUAACUCAAAUACAAAAGUUGAAUCGCGUUAAUUUUGAAUAUUGAAAAUAUUUCGAAGUCAARCAGGUGAAAUUCUUUUGGAGUCUCUUCGAUCAAGUAUCGUAAAGUUCCUGGGUCUGCUGGAGAGUAUUUCAGUCUAGAAUACAAGGGCUGAUAAGUGGACGAGACGACAAUAUAAGCUGGCCUUUGGAGUAUUUCUCAAAACACUGAUUCCAUCUUGUUCAGCGUGAUUUUAGAAGGGAAGCAGAUUUGAUUAUACACAAAUAGUAUUGGUUUAGACUGGGGUUUAACCUUUGAUGGUACAGUGGAACUCUAUUGUAACCUAACAACCAUCUUWACUAAUGCAGACGAACUUCAGUGGGUUUGGCGCUUCAUAAGUGCUCUUCAGGAGAAUAAGUAUUUGGAAUUUCUAUGUAGUGGAGUUUGGAAAUUUAGUUAAUCAUGUCAGCCUUGCGAAGACUAUCAAACGAAUCUAGUGUGCGACGAAUGCUCUUCCAUAGGUUGGUACUUCAUGGCUUCUUGGUAGUAUUGAUUUGUACUGUCACACAUCAGAAGGAGUUUAAGCUUGGACUGUUGAUCCCUUAUAAAACUGUAGCCCAGUUCAGUGGAGGCAAUUACUUUAAAGGAGAAAACUUUGCUGCAGCUAUGACUCUUGCCGUUCGUUAUGUCAAUGCACAGCCUAAUCUUUUACCCGGGCACAAUAUUUCCUUCACAUGGUUAGACACAAACUGCAACGAAUUGCGGACCAUAACUCACCAGUUUGAACUGAUAAACGAGAAAAUAUCAGCUAUUAUUGGCCCUGGUUGUUACUGCAAGACAGCCGCUAGGAAUGCAGCAGCUUUCAAUCUGCCCAUCAUAUCGUAUAUGUGCAGUAAUGCCGUGCUGUCAAAUAAAAAUUUGUAUCCUACAUUUAUGAGAACUUUUGCUGUGGACUCCAAAGUUUCUCCAAGUAUCAUAGCUUUGCUGAACACUUUUAAUUGGGACAGAGUCGCCAUACUGUAUGAGAAUUUAUCAAAAUGGAAAGAUCUUAAAGAUUUUUUAAAAAACCAAUUCAAGAAAAAUAACAUCUAUGUUGCCUAUGAGGAAGAAGUUCCACCAUUGAUUGACAUGACAAGUAUUGAAAAACUUCCAAAAUAUGAGAGAGAAUUGGCUGAUAAAAUGAAUGCUAUCAAGAAGAAAGCUAGAAUUGUUCUGUUUAUAUCAAGUUUUAACAUGGCCAGAGAGCUGAUCUAUAUUGCAAGUAAAGAAGGAUUAGCCAAUGGUGACUAUGUGCUCAUUGCACUGGAACUCAACCACUUAUACAUCAAGAAGAAAAAGAGAUUUCCUGAAGUUUGGUACUUUUCACUUGUGCCUAGAGAGGACAAGGCAGAUAAAGAAUUUGAUGUAAUUUUCAAAAGAGGUUUGAAAGCAGUACUUCUACUGGUUGUAAAAAGUGCCUCAGGAAACCGUGAGUACCAGCAAUUUGAGACCGAGUUGAAACGUACCACAAAGUUACCCCCUUUUAACAGCUCGGCGUAUGUGGACAAGAAGAAUAAUCUGGUACCAAUGCAAGGUGCAUUUCUAUAUGAUGCUGUCGUCCAGUAUGCUAUUGCUCUUAACAAGACUCUAAUGAGAAAUGAGACUCCUACAGGACAUGCCAUCUUUGACAAGAUGAAGGACCGCACUUAUCAUAGUAUACAAGGUUUUCAAGUUCACAUGGAUAAAAAUGGAGAUGCUGAAUUCAAUAUAUCAGUGUUAGCAUAUAGAAAGGGAACAUUCGGUGAAAAAGAAUUAAUUGAAACUGCUGACUUUCAAUUGCUAAACAAAAAUGAAACGAAGGUGAAACUGGUUUUUAGGAGUAAUGCUCCAUUUGUCUGGGCUGACGGUUCUACAACCCCGCCUAAAGAUGAACCUAAAUGUGGAUUUGAUGGGAAAUUAUGUCCAGACGACACCAAAAAGAAAGAUGAUAAUAUCACUAUCAUUGCUGCUGUGUCUGGUGCUUUGGCAUUUCUUGUUCUUUUGUUUAUUGCAAACUUCUACAGACAUUACAAAGCUGAAAGAGAAUUACAAAGUAGAUUUUGGAAGAUUGACUACAAUGAUCUUUGCUUUGAGCAUCGACGGGGAUCUAACACAUCCCUUGCAAGUGCAAUCAUUCAUCACAGAGAUCCUGAAGAUGAAGCUGGUAUACCAUUACUAGAGGAUGAUACGGGUGAAGGCAAAACCACAACAAUUGGCAAUUAUAAGGGUAACAUGGUUACUGUUGCUAAGUUACCAACACGAAGUAUUGACCUUACAAGAAAAGUAUUACUGGAACUUAAACAGAUGCGAGAUAUUCGACAUGACAAUCUUAAUCAAUUCAUUGGAGCUUGUGCAGAGCCUCCUAUCGUUUGUGUAGUGAUGCAGUACUGUUCAAGGGGUAGUCUACAGGAUAUUCUAGAAAACCCUGAUGUCAAAUUGGAUCACAUGUUCAUUGCUUCUCUUGUAGCAGACAUUGUUAAAGGUAUGGCGUAUCUACACAGUUCUGAUAUCCAUUCCCAUGGUAACCUGAAGUCAUCUAAUUGUCUGGUUGAYAGUCGAUGGGUUCUUAAGAUAACUGAUUAUGGUCUACCAACAUUUCGUGCUAAAGUAAAAAAGCCUACUGAUAAUUAUGCUCAUUAUAGAGAUCAACUGUGGGUUGCUCCAGAGCUGCUUCGAUCACCAAACCGUGAAAUCAGAGGAACACAAAAAGGAGAUGUUUACAGCUUUGCUAUUAUUCUCCAUGAAUUUCAUACAAGAGAAGGUCCUUACAGCAACACUGAACUUGAACCAAAAGAGAUAGUUCACAGGGUUAAAGAGAGAGAGUAUCCACCAUUCCGACCAACAGUAACUAAACUCAUUGGUGGAGUUGAAGAAUUAAAGGAACUCAUGGUCCAGUGUUGGGAGGAAGACCAUGAAACUCGGCCUGACUUUCAUGAUAUAAAGAAAAUUGUCCAUAAAUUGCUUAUACAAAAUGGAAUGAAAACCAACAUUUUUGAUAACAUAGUCUACAUGAUGGAGAAGUACGCAGACAACUUAGAGGAACUUGUGAUGGAAAGAACUGGGCAAUUGAUUGAAGAGAAGAAAAAGACUGACGCUUUGUUAGAGCGCAUGCUCCCACCAUCUGUCGCUGAACAGCUUAAGAAAGGAAAAGCAGUUGAAGCAGAAAGCUUUAAUGAAGUAUCAAUUUACUUCAGUGAUAUUGUAGGGUUUACUAGUCUGAGUGCUGAGAGCACGCCAAUGCAGGUCGUUGCGCUGCUGAAUGACUUAUACACUCUCUUCGAUGACAUUAUACGAGAGUACGAUGUAUACAAGGUUGAAACAAUAGGAGACGCUUAUAUGGUAGUCAGCGGUUUACCCAUAAGAAAUGGUUCCCGCCAUGCUGGAGAAAUAGCGCGCAUGUCGCUACAUUUAGUCGACGCUGUACAAAAUGUUUUUACUGUUCGACACAAACCGGGGUACAAGCUAAAACUACGCGUAGGAAUUCAUAGUGGUCCUGUUGUAGCUGGAGUAGUUGGCAACACAAUGCCUCGGUACUGUUUAUUUGGUGACACUGUUAACACAUCAUCACGAAUGGAGUCCAAUGGAGAACCUCUUCGUAUUCACAUCAGUUCACAAACCAAAGAAUUCCUAGAUCGACUCGGAGGUUUUAUUGUUGAAGAGCGAGGCGAAGUGUUCUUAAAGGGUAAAGGGAAUUGUGUAACGUACUGGUUGAUAGACGCAGCCAAGCGACGCCACUGCGGCAGCUUCAAAGAAAAAUCACUCCAUCCAAAUGGGAACCCUUAUUUGAGUUAUCUGACAGCACCUGGUCAAUUUGGUUCCACGGGCUCGCUGAAUGUUCGUAGAACAGAAUCAUUUAGGAAAACAAUCAAAGGAACGCCUUCGCCAAAGGCCAAGAAAAAAGUAUGGCAUAAAUUUGAUGUUGAAGAUGGUUCGGUUCCUGACGGACACACUGCUGUGUAGAAAUUAAACACGGGACUUUACUGGAUUUUUUUUAUCUUCUACCUGUGUGCUCCCCUGGAUUCCUGUGCUAUAUUUCUGCUAUGUGAAGAAUGUCCCUAUUGGAUUGUCGACGGUCGAACUGCCUCUACACAAAUACUUUGAUCAUUCGCGAAUCCGUAACAAUUCUAGACAACAUUUAGUAGAAUAUAAUUAAAUAGAAUCACUCUGUGUUCUGACGGUCAGAAUGGCAACCAAUCGAGGCUGGUUGGAAAAAGUGAGGCUCGAUUGCGUGGUAUUUCGAAAUCAGUGGCGAGAAUAUGAAACUUAAGAAGCUGUAAAUAGUAAGGCCCCGUGGCAUUAUGGGCUAAUUCUGAGUUAAUGACGUGGGCAGUCACAUGACAUGUGACUAUUUUAUGUAAAAUAGAAUUUAAUUUGUACACUAUGUUUGGCGAGAUUGUAUUAUAUACAUCAUAUAUAUAUAUAAACGAUGUACAAAUCUGGUACGAAAUAACA